UUCUAUUUAAGUGCACCAACCCCGUGUUAAAAAUUGCACAUUUUUAAAACCUGUGCAUUUUAUAUCGUCGUACAAAAUAUUAAGCGCUAGCACCCUUUAAGAUUAAAGCUUCCCUCUGCGGUUCACGUGCUGACGAGAACCGGCGUCCGGCUCCCACACGUCCGGUAUUGUUUGAGUAAUAAUCAACAUACACCUGGAUUGUCGAUCCGUUGGAAAAAAUGCCUGGAUUUCCUUACGGGGACUACGAGGAGAGCGUGGACGUGCCAUUCCGGCGAGUUCUGGUAACCGGGGCAACGGGACUGCUGGGGCGGGCUGUCUGCAAAGAGUUCCAGAACAACCACUGGCACGUUUUGGGGUCCGGAUACAGCCGGGCUCAGCCACGAUUCCUCAAGUGCAAUCUGAUGGACGAAGAUGCUGUGCGAGAGGUUAUUCAUGAAUUUCAGCCACAUGUGAUCGUUCACUGUGCCGCUGAACGGAGGCCAGACGUUGUCGAGCGGCACACAGAGGCAGCCAUGAACCUAAACAUCCACGCGUCGGCGACGCUGGCGAAAGAGUCGGCCGGUAUAUUCCUCAUCUACAUCAGCACAGACUACGUGUUCGAUGGCCGCAACCCCCCCUACGGGGAGAACGACGCCCCCAAUCCCCUGAAUUUGUAUGGCAAGUCCAAGCUGGAGGGCGAACGCGAGGUCUUGAGCCACAACCCAGGCGUGGCAGUGCUGCGGGUUCCCGUCCUGUACGGUGAGGUGGAGCGUGUGGACGAGAGCGCCGUGACGGUUCUGUGGGACCGCGUGCAGCAGGGGGGCGAGAGCUGCACCGUGGACCACUGCCAGCAGCGAUUCCCCACCUACGUCAACGACGUGGCACGCGUCUGCCGGCUCAUGGCCGAGCGGAGGCUACAAGACCCCUCCCUCCGAGGGAUCUUCCACUACUCAGGCAAUGAGCAAAUGACCAAGUAUGAGAUGGCCUGUGCGAUUGCGGACGCCUUCAACCUGCCCAGCAGUCACCUGAUACCGCUGACGGAGCAGCCUGCGGGGGCAGGCGCCCAGCGACCCCACAAUGCCCAGCUGGAGUGCUCACGGCUCGAGUCGCUGGGCCUGGGGGUGGAGCCGACGCCCUUCAAGGUGGCCGUGCGCGACAGUCUCUGGCCCUUCCUGUACGACAAGCGCUGGCGCCAAACCGUCUUCCACUGAGGGGCCAGCCAGUGGCGGUGACACGCACGUCCUCGGGACCACAGCGGCGAGACUCGCCCUGACGCCGGUGGCCUCCGAUUCCUGGUUUUCUUGAAAGUGUUCAGCUCCUAUUUUCUUCCUCUUUCAUUUCAAUGAGCAAAUCAGUCGUGAUUUGUGUGGAUUUGUAAAUUUAUUUGUUUUUGCAUCGUUGGCUGUGGCUCCAGCUACUACUGAACCGCCUUAGUUUCCACAAAAACAGGGGCCUGGACUGAGAGGGGGGGCCUCCGUUUUCCUUAGUAGGUAGAAUUACGUUGUUUUCUGUGCCCCGGGUCCAACUCAGGCAGUGACGUGGUUAAGUGUUUAAAGGUCAGCCUACAGCUGUUGAGAAACUUGGUGUUCGUUGUCGGCCGAGAAGCUAGUUGUCUUGUGCUGCACACACUCAGUGAAAUAAACGUAUCUGUCGCACUGGAAGAACAAAGCACAAACUAGCAAAGACGCGUUAUGCUGUUUGAGAUGCAGGAAUUACAGUUUCGACAGUACCAAUGGAAAUCGGUAUAAAUUAGCUACCAGCUGUGUAAGGCGGAGAGAAAUUGUCACUCUAGUCAGCGUGAUUAGCGUCAAUCAUAAUUAAUCAUUAAUAACGGCUUAUUAUCCAGGCUGCAGAUGUUUCUGAUUAAUUGCACAAGUUACCGAAAUCAAGCCUGGAAGCUUUACAAAAGGCAUCUUCGUAUUUGACUUUGUUGGACCCUAGAUGGUACACUGAGGUUCCCGAGAAAUCUGGCGUGAAAAGAGCUGUUGUAUCGUAAUCUGGGAUUAUUGCAGAUAGGAGUUGAGCAGAAAGAAUGUGUUUGAUCAGUAUUUUUAAGGUGACUAAGAAGAAUGUAUGGUACAGUUAAAUAAUCCUUGACUGUUUUUGGUCUACGUGCAACACGCUUUGCCUUGUUUGUGCGAAUCGAAAACUGUUAUUUUUUUACUUCUGAAAACACUGGUGAAAAUACAUGUAAAACACAUAACUGAAAUGAACCUGUAGUUAAACCUGUAUUCCAUUAAGCCACUCCAGUCAAAAAUCAGUGUACUUUUAACUUGGCUGACAAAAUUCAACCAAUGUAUCUUACGGGACUUUUCUGUUGGAAUCUGCUCGCAAUUGUUUCUUCAUUAAAUAUUCUUCCAAACAUGA